AUCCCCCAAAUUCCCCAAAUCUUCCCGAGCCUCCGGCAUUCCCGAUUUUCCCCAAAUGCCGGGAUUUUGGGCGCAGAGCAUGAGCGACUUCGAUUACCUGAAGCUGCUGGGGAAGGGAACGUUCGGGAAGGUGAUCCUGGUGCGGGAGAAAUGCUCGGGCCGUUAUUACGCCAUGAAAAUCCUCAGGAAGGAAAUCGUCAUCGCCAAGGAUGAGGUCGCUCACACGGUCACCGAGAGCCGCGUCCUCCAGAGCAGCCGGCACCCCUUCCUCACCGCGCUGAAAUACGCUUUCCAAACCCACGACCGCCUCUGCUUCGUCAUGGAAUACGCCAACGGCGGCGAGCUCUUUUUCCACCUCUCCCGGGAGCGCGUGUUCCCGGAGCCUCGCGCUCGUUUCUACGGCGCCGAGAUCGUCUCGGCCCUCGAGUACCUGCACUCGCGAGACGUCGUCUAUCGCGACAUCAAGCUGGAGAACCUGAUGCUGGACAAGGACGGGCACAUCAAGAUCACGGAUUUCGGGCUGUGCAAGGAGGGCGUCACCCACGGCACCACCAUGAGAACCUUCUGCGGCACCCCCGAGUACCUGGCGCCCGAGGUCCUGGAGGACAACGACUACGGGCGGGCGGUGGACUGGUGGGGGCUGGGCGUGGUGAUGUACGAGAUGCUCUGCGGGCGCCUCCCCUUCUACAACCAGGACCACGAGCGGCUCUUCGAGCUCAUCCUGCUCGAGGACAUUCGCUUCCCGCGCUCCCUGGGGCCCGAGAGCCGCAAUCUGCUCGCUGGGCUGCUGAAAAAGGAUCCAAAACAGAGGCUGGGCGGGGGUCCGGGUGACACACCUGUGCACACCUGUCUGUCUCACCUGUGCACACCUGUCUCACCUGUGCACACCUGUCUCACCUGCCAGGCUGGGCGGGGGUCCGGGUGACACACCUGUGCACACCGGGUGACACACCUGUGCACACCUGU